GGAGAGAGAGAGAGGGAGAGAAAAAGGAAGCUCUUCGAUAAGUUUUUUUUCUAAUGUAUGUUUAUACAAAGUUACAGAUUAGCGCAAAGCGAAGAUCUGAUUCCAGCGUGUGUGUGUGAACCAGCAUGCCGGAGAGAGAGACCUGAAGGGGAGGACGGACACCGGUUUGUGAGCAGUCGUGCACAGCUGAUGACAACAUCAAAUAUUUACACUUUUUAAGGCCUUGGGCCUCGAGUGACCAUAGAAAGAUCCUGGACAGAGAGAGAGAGAAAAACAAUGUCCUCGGACUUGGACUCCAGCCUCACCAGUAUCGACUGGCUGCCUCAGCUGGGAUUCAGCAGCCUGCGCUCAGGCAGAGACAGAGGAGGAGGAGGAGGAGGGGAGAGAGACAAGAAGAGAGACCGAGGGAGAGAGAGAGCGGACUUGUUACCCGCGGUGCCGGACCCCUCUCAGUCGAACUGUAAAGGGAAGCCCCCUCACAGCUACGCCACGCUCAUCGCCAUGGCAAUAGCAGCUGCUCCGGAAAGGAAGCUGAGCCUGAAUGACAUCUACACCUGGAUCAGUGACACCUUCCCGUACUACAGCCGGGCAGGCCGCGGAUGGAAGAACUCCAUUCGCCACAAUCUGUCCCUGAACAAAUGUUUCAGGAAAGUUCCUCGACCACAGAGUGACCCCGGCAAGGGCUCUUACUGGACGAUGGAUGGCCCUUCAGAGGUGAAUCAAGCGAGGGCGCCUAAACGCCCCUAUCCUGGGGAGGAUAAUGACGGGGAGGAGUUGCAGGUUCCUCGGCUCCCAGAGAGAGAGCCUUCCCCCCGUCAGCCUCAAGCAGCGUCGAACACAGACCACCAGCUCCUCAGCUCGGAUCCACCCUGCUCUGCCUCCCUCUGUCCUCCCCCACCGAAGCAACCGUCCCCGUACAUGCCGCGCCCCGUCUCCAGCCUCCCUCACCCGUCCGUCUCCCCCUCGGCCGUGCUCCCCCCCGCCGCCUCCAUGCCUUCCAUCGCCUCCUUCCCUCACCCUCACCCACCCGUCUCCUCCUCCUACUCCAGCCUGGCUCCCUCUGCUGCCCCUCUGUCUGCAGCUGGCAUGUCUUCCGCCUCUCCGGCCGCUGUUUCUUUCUCUGACGCCUCGCUGUCCUCCGGUCCCGCUCCCGUCUCUACUUUCUCCUGCACUCUCAACUCGACGCCCGUGCCCGUUUGCACGGCGGCCGGAGCCGGUCACUCCUCGGCGCAGGCCGGCCCCCAGCCCUCUGUGGCCGGCCCUCCUGCUGCCAUGGCGAACUCCUCCACCGACCCCGCACAGCGCUUCACCUUCGACGAGCUCAACUUACCAGACCUGUACGCAUCUUUCAAGUCGCUCUGCAAGACGAUGCGGGAGCGGGGAGGCUCGCAGUCGGAUGUUGCUCCCCUAACUGUUCCAAACAAUGACACUACUCCACUGCACACUCCAACUCUCCUUCCAAUGUCCCCUCAUCCCGUCCCCGUCCCCGGACCAUCUGCUCCGGCCGCACACCCCCCUGACCCGGAGCGUAUUUCACACUGCUCCGUGCCGCCGGACUGGUUCAGUAACCAGGACUCCCUGAAGGAGAGCUUCCGCAUCGCCAGCAGUCUGGACUGGGCGAACAUCGACCUCUCCGGUCACCCAGACCUGCUGGAGAGCAUGCGGCAGGCCGAGCUGUCCGACUGGGCCCUGGACCCGGCGCUUUUCACUUCCCUCUGCGACUCUCUGAACCGCUUCUUCACUCAGAAAGGCAUGAUCACCCCGGGGUGCGGCUCUCCCGUCGCCCUCGGAGCGCCUCCCCCGCCCUUCCCCGCCAACCCGACCCCCACCCUCGCCAGCCUCACUCACCCUUCGCCCAUUGGCUACUCUCCGCUGGUUUCCAACGGCGCCCAGCCGCCUCGCAGGGCCGUGCACAUGCAGGGGCCCAGCUUCCCGAGGCCACAGCUAACGCAGCCGGCAAGCACAACCGCCGGGAUCCAGCCUCAGCCGCUGGCGCCGCGGCAGCAGCGUCCUCCUCUCAAGAGUCUCCACAGCAACAGCGAGGAGAUCCAGGACGACUUCGACUGGGACUCUCUGCUGGUGUGACACCUGCAGUGUGUUUGUGUGUGUGUGCGUGAAGAACUUUUCAGAGAAAUGUCAGCGGUCAUUUUUGCCUAACUCUUAGUCACGGCUGCCUCACUGUUGUAUAUUUCAAAGCUUUGUUGAGAGGAAGUCUGGGAUCAAGGUCGUCGCACAAGACUGAAUGUCGUAUUUCAUUCAAGGUUGAAAUCGUCUUUUCCGUUUGUUACUCGAAUCAUAUGCUGUACUAGUGUUGGUAGUUAGUAUGGAACAAACGUUGGGCCACAACAGGGUGAAUUUGAACAGCAUCUUUUUAACUAUGUGUUCAGUUUGACAUUCAAUUUUACAUUUUUUUCAAGGAAAAUGGCACUCGGAAAACAAGAAAACACUAAAUUAUAAAAUAAAAAUGUAUUUUUAAGGACAUCAGCUCACCAAGGGGUAAACAGUCAAACUGCACAAUUUUUGCAGCAAAAUUUCCUUUUGGUAAAAAUUAAUAAUAUAAACUGAUUUCACUAAAUUAACUAAAUCUGACCAUAUUUUGAUUUAAAAGAAAAUUUGUCUCAAACAACUUUUGAUUCCCUUGAAGAAAAAAAUGUACACAUACACACAAAACCCCAGACUCCUCACACAAGACGUGAAAGAGCACAUCCAAUAAACACAGUGCCCAUUUAAUAUUAAAAUCUAAUCUGUACUGGUUAGAACUCUCAAAUCACAAUCUCCGUGUGGAGUUUGCAUGUUUUCCCCGAGCGUGCUGGGUUUCAGAUUCUGCUGGUGGUGGUGCACGGUUCGUUCCAUAGUCGAGCUUCUCAUACUGUGUCGCAGGUAAAAGGCAGGCUGGUGUUUGUUCCACAUUAGAAUUUAUGAA